AUGGAACAAGAAGAAGAAGAACAGAAAAAAACCAUUGAUAAUACGCCCGAUAGUUCCUCAACUCGAACAGAACAACCAAGUCUACUCGAUGUAAAUGUCGAAAACAACACAGAUUCAGUUGCUGAAUCGUCCAAUCCAUCUAAAAAACAAAAGACAACUGAAGAAAUUCAUUCUAAUCAUCCAAUAUCAUCGCAGCAUACCGUUGAAUCAAAACCUAAACCAUCGAAAAUAAUUAAAACUGCUACCCAUUAUCAAGAUAUCUUAUUCAAUGAAAAAAAUACCAGUUACUGUAGCUUUUCUACUACUAAUAAAAAGGCAACUGUAUCUGCAUCAACAACGAAUCAAAAUCCAGAAUCGACUCAAUCAAAGCCAAUUCGCAAGCUGCUCGAUCAAGCUUCAACUGUCGCAACCGAUCAAGAUUCUGAUGAAGAUGAGCAACGAAAAAAAGUCGCUGCUGCAAAAAAAUUACUUUUUCCAAGUGCACUUGCAACAUCGUUUCCAGAAGUCGUUGAUACACUGAGAAACGAACGACGACAAGAAUUCUGUCCAAUUUAUCAGAAUGAAACAUCAGAAGAAAUAGCUCUUCGCCGACAAAAACAAAAGCCUCUAGGAAGUCUUCUUUCAAAACGUAUUCGUUGGGAUGAUUUAAAACGUAAACGAGAAGAAGAAGAAAGAAAAGCUCAAAUGCAAUUCUCGUACGGUCCAUAUGGGCCAGUCUAUGCAAAUCAGCAAUUCCAACAAUCAUUUGCGAAUCCAUAUGAACAAUAUUAUGCAGCAGUGCAAAGCCAAUACGAGAACAUGGUACAGACGACUCGUGCUCAACAAGAUCAUAGUGGGUUUUGGCCAGAAUAUCAACAACAAUCAUAUCUUCAGAAUAAUGAUCGAAUUGCACAAAAUGCAAUGCAACCACAAAUGCAACCUUAUACAUAUCCGUUUUCAACUAUGCGCACAAAUAACACGACUGGCACGACAACAAAUACUCCACCAUCAUACGCAUCCGUUAAUCAAAAUUCAUAUUAUCAAAGUAUUCUACAGCCACCGCCGCCACCACCUGAUGAACCUUAUCCGUAUUAA